UGACCACACCACUGCCACAUUAAUUAAUAAUAAGAUGGUAGUUCUGAAAAAUGCCAAUGCCAUUGUCCACUUGUUUAUUUGGUGACGGGAAACACAGUUAAUUUAUAUGGACUUGGCAUCUCUUCCAUGCCUGAAAAUGGCUGUCCAACUGACCUUCAUAAAAAUGAAUAACUGGACAGUUUUCUUGCAUAUAAAGUAUAAUAAAAUUUGCCCUAACCAUCCUAAUCGUGGAAUGAGAAACAUUGUUGUAUGUCAACUAAAAACUAGGUCGUGACAACCACUCUAUAUUCCUUUAAUUCUAUGUUAAGUUGUUAUAUGUUCCAUUACAUAUAUACACCUCAACAUUGUUCCCUUGUUGCUAACCAAACAUUUUUGUUUUUUGGGGGUAAUUGCUUGUUGAUUUGGGAUUAAAUGGGUUGUAAGAUAUGGCAACAACAACAGGGUGGUGGGAAGAUCAAGAUCCUCUUGAGUUCAGCCACCGUGAAAGAGCCGUUUCAAAUCCUCAUCACCAGCCUUCUCAGCCUCCUCCUCCCCCUUGCAUUCCUCCUCCUCGCCAGGCUUUCAACUGCUCACUUUCUCUUCUCCACCGCCCCUAACUACCCUCAAACACAGAUUUCCUCUCUCCUAAUCUCUCUCUUCUUCAAUACAAACCCAACUCUUCUCCACGCUCUCAUUUCCUUUGUCAGUGUCGCUACCCUCAUGCACAGCCUGUCUGGCCGUGCAACGCUCACAACCGACUCUCCUGGACCCGUUUCCCGGUUGUACACUGCAUGGAUUUUGCUAUGCACGUUACAAGUUUGUGUAGGUUUGGGUAUUGAAGGGAGCAUAGCGGCUGGAAUUGAUGGUUCGGGUUUUGGUCACGAGCGAAGUUCUUUAAGCAAAGUCAUCUUCUUUCUGGGCUUGCAUGAGACGAUGGUGUAUUGGUCAAGGACGGUUGUGAAGCCUGUGGUUGAUGAUACGGUUUUUGGGUAUGUGAAGGAGGAGAGGUGGGUUGAGAGGGUGGCCAUGGCGGCUAGCCUUGGUACCCUGUGGUGGUGGAGGUUGAGAGGCGAGAUUGAGUCUCUGGUGGUUAUGGUUGAGGUCAAGAGAGAGCUGUUAAUAGGUGUUGGGAUUGCUGACUUUGUUGGUUGGUGGUUGUAUUACUUAACUGUUACUAUUGGAAUGGUAAAAAUUGUAAAGGGCAUUAUGUGGCUUGGAGUGAUAUUGCUUUGUAGGAGGGUAGAAGCAAACUCAAGUCCGGUUGAUUCUACGGGGAAUGAAGAGAAGGUCUAAACUCGAAAUGAAUAUUGGGUAUAACGGGUUUCAUCUGCCCAUCAAAUGGGUGGGACCAACCAAGUGAUCCUUAGUCGAACUCAUUUAAAAUUGUUCAUUAGUACACAUAUGACCAAUUGAUGUGGUAUCACGGUUAUACUCAAUAUCUAUUGUACAUUUCGCUUGUCCAGUUCUAAUUCAUUUCAUUCUUCCCUGGUCAGAUUGAUCCAAUCCAAUCAAAUACUGUAUCCAUUUUCUCUUUCCUUGUAAUUUGUAACCCACUGUUAUACUAUAUUCGUCACAAAUGCUUUGUUAAUUUCUUCAUCCUAAUCCAAACUAUCACACUAGAAGUUGUUUUGUAAUAUUUUAACUUGCAUCAAGUCAAGCUGAGAAUUAUGAAAAAGACAUGUUGGUUGA